GCAGAUACCUCAGCCAAUAUCACAGUCCAGUCACACGCAAAGAGCAGUUAAUUUCUCCUUUUAUUGGUUUUAACCGGUUAAGUUAAAGAGAACGUAUUUAGGGAACAGUGGACAGGUUUUUAUUAAACUUCAAGCAUGGCUUUGGAUAAUAACGAUUCUUGAAGUGUCAAACUGCGCCUCAGACUUUCAGAAAAUAACGACAGACAAGAUCCACAGCAGCAGAGCUCUCAUCUCCCAUCAUGAAGACUGCAGAAGAACCAGACAACCAGAGGAGCAGGCGCCAGAAUCUUCCCCAGGACGGCAUGCCGUGCUGGGCCGAGAGGGUCACGAUGAAGCGGUUCUUCUGUGUGCUUGUGAUGCUCUUCGUCUCUCUGCCGAAGGUGAACUGCAGGAAGGAGAGUAUGCCAAGAGUUAAACUCAACUACAAAGAGCUGAUCCAGUCUCGAAGUGUGGUGCCGUUUGUGGGUUCCAGUGAAGGACAGCAGUUUCUCACAGUUCUGUUGGAUCAGGAAAGAAGCAGAUUACUACUUGGAGCCAAAGACCACAUCUACUUACUGGACCCUGACAACAUCAAUAAACUUCCCAAAAAGCUAAACUGGCCAGCUCCGAGAGACAGGGUGGAUAUGUGUAUACUGGCUGGCAAAAACCCUCUUACUGAGUGUGCCAAUUUCAUUCGAGUUUUACACAACUAUAAUCGGACCCAUGUCUAUGCCUGUGGCACUGGAGCCUUCCAUCCCAUCUGUGCUUUUUUGGAGGUCAAAGGUCACAAAGAGGACAGCUGGCUGCACCUCCACAGCAACAGUGUUGAAUCUGGCAGACUGAAAUGUCCUUUUGAUCCACGGCAACCUUUUGCCUCGGUACUGACAGAUCAGUAUCUGUACGCUGGCACGGCGUCUGAUUUCCUGGGGAAGGACAGCAUUUUUAGCCGCUCUCUCGGCCCGCCCCCUGACCAGCAGUACAUCCGAACGGACAUCUCUGAGGACUACUGGAUCAACAAGGCCAAGUUUAUUUCCGCCCAUCCCAUCGCGGACACCUACAACCCUGACGAUGACAAGAUUUACUUCUUCUUCCACGAGGCAUCCCGUGAUGGGAGCACUACGGAUAAGAGCGUGCUGUCUCGUGUUGCCCGGAUCUGCAGGAAUGAUGUAGGGGGUUUGAGAAGUCUUACCAACAAGUGGACGACGUUCCUCAAAGCAAGACUUGUGUGUUCCAUUCCUGGACCGGACGGAGUAGACACGCACUUUGAUGAGCUACAGGACAUCUUUCUGCUUCCUAGUAGAGAUGAGAGAAAUCCAGCAGUGUAUGGAGUGUUCACCACCACAAGCUCUAUCUUUAAAGGAUCAGCCGUGUGUGUCUACGACAUGGAAGACAUCCGUGCAGUGUUUAAUGGGCCGUAUGCUCACAAAGAAGGACCAGAUCAUCGCUGGGUGGAAUAUGAAGACAGAAUCCCCUACCCACGACCGGGCACUUGCCCAAGUCGGACGUAUGAUCCUCAUAUUAAAACGACUAAAGACUUUCCAGACGAAGUCAUCAGUUUUAUACGAGUGCAUCCGCUUAUGUACCGCUCCGUGUACCCAACGACGGGCCGACCCAUUUUUACUCGUAUCAACACAGAGUACCGGCUCACUCAGAUUGUAGUGGACCGUGUGGCAGCUGAGGACGGACAGUAUGCUGUUAUGUUUUUGGGCACAGAUACGGGUUACGUUUUGAAGGUUGUCAGCAUUACUCAGGAAAACUGGUCCACAGAGGAGAUCAUCUUAGAGGAGCUUCAGGUGUUCAAGAACCCCUCACCCAUUCUUAACAUGAAAAUCUCCUCAAAGCAGCAGCAGCUGUUUGUUGGAGGAAGCGACGGGUUGGUGCAGGUGGCCCUGCACAGGUGCCAUAUUUAUGGGCAGGGCUGUGCAGAAUGCUGUCUGGCGAGAGACCCGUACUGCGCCUGGGACGGCACCCAGUGUUCCAGAUACAUACCAGCCUCCAAGAGGAGGGCCAGAAGGCAGGACAUCAAACAUGGAGACCCGUCCAACCAUUGUUGGGACACAGAGGAUGUGUUAGGGAGGAAUAUCGAGGAGAAGGUGUUGUACGGAGUGGAGAGUAACUCAUCUUUUCUUGAGUGUGUCUCUAAAUCCCAGCAGGCCCAGAUCCGAUGGUUCAUCCUUAAGCCAGGAGCUGACCACCGGCAAGAGAUCAAACCAGAUGACCGUGUGGUCGUAACAGAGCGGGGUUUGCUGAUUCGUUGGCUCCAGCGUAGCGACGCCGGUUCGUAUUUCUGCACCUCUCAGGAACACAGCUUCACCCGUACCCUUCUCCACCUCUCUCUUCACAUCCUGGAACGAGGACAAAUCCACGGACACCCAACUGUUUCACAGGUAUCGUCAGAAAACCCCAUCGUGACGGAGAUUACGGCAGCCGAACCUCGCCAACGCUAUAAGGACUACUUUCGCUUGCUGAGCGGUCCUGCACGCUCUCUGGACGAGUACUGUGAAACGCUCUGGCACAGAGAGAAGAAGCAAAAACAGAAGGGCAAAUGGAAACACGUCCAAGAGUUUCGCAAAAGUAGGAAUCGACGUCACCAUUAGGGGCGCCAAUGAUGACUGUUGGAUUUGGUUGUGAAGUUAAAAAAUUAGCAGUGCCCUCAUUAGCACUGGCAGAGUAUUAGCUCAAUUGUAAACCAAAUGUAAGGAGAGACAUUAAGCUUCUCCUGACCAAUUUAUGAAUGGAAAGCAAGGAUACCUUUAGUAGAAGUGCAAUUGAAAUGAAAUUGCAUUAAGUUUGUUUUUGUUUUGAUCAAUGCACCUAAAGAGAUCCAAUGAUUCUUUACAGUUCAGAUAUUAAAGGAAUAUUCCGGGUUCAAGUUAAGCUCAAUCAACAGCUUUUGUGGCACGAUGUUGAUUACCACAAAAAAUAUUUAGACUUGUUGCUCUAUUAUCAUUUUACAAAAGCAUGUACAUUAAUUGUUCAGUUAAAUCUCGUGUGUUAUUUGAGCUUUAAAGUUGUUUAAAUCAUCAUUUUUUAAGUCGUUUUAGGGUUAACAAAAUGCCCUCAUCAUGUUGUUAAAUUGGAUAUAACUUUACACCGGAAAGGUUAGUAAGUGAUAUUAUUACACUAAAAUCAUGUUUACAUGCAUAUUGUUUACGUCUUGUGGCUAUACCUUUGAAAGUGUACGGAUUGUCCCCAUUGACUUCUAUUAUAAGUGCCUCACUGUAACCCAGAUUUGUGCUUUUUUAAAGAAAAGGAGGGACUAGUCGAUAUAAUUUUUUGUGGUAAUCAACAUUAUGCCACAAUUGUAGCCUAAAAUAACCCUUGUGACCACCAGUCAUCUUGACUGCUCUUUAAAAUAAGCCUAUGGUAUAGGGAAGACCGGGGCUAGUUGACACACUUUUUAUUCCAGUGAAUAUUUCUCAUUGUAUGUUUAUAAUUGAAAGUCAGUUUCUGUAUAGACACAUAACAUGAUGUCUUGGCUACAAAAAAGCCACUGAACAUUUUCACCGUUAUUGCCCAGUAAUACAGUUGAACACAAAUUGGCCUUUUGUGACAACUUUCCCCAAUGUGACAAAAACCAGUGGCGUAGGUUUCACGUGAAUAUUACGGGGGGUACACAUCCACUCGUCACCAUCACCCACUUUCUUUAAAUCUACACAUGCAUUAAACUUUUUCAGCUUUUCAGCUAAAUUUAAAUAGUUAAACAAUUAUGAAGCACAAAACAAUUCAUGACACAACAAAAAAAGAAAAAGGUAAUAUGCAAAAAUAUAAAAUUAUUGUUUUGGCCAACAAAUAUUUUAAAUAAUACAUUUGGGACAUUUAAAACAUAUGUGUCAACAUGCCCCGAUCUGACUUUCAUAAAAAAAUACCUUUGUCCUAAUAACACACUUUAACCUUUCAUUAAAAAUCUGCCUCUUACCUGAAUGUAUGCAAGUGUGGUUUAAUGGUGUUCACAUUUACAAAAAGUGUUCAAAUUUAAGAGGGUUUUGAACAAGGUGUUUGAAGUCAACAUCCCAAACCUCUUCUAGAAAAAACACACAUUUGUGUAAUUGUACUGUUAACUCCAAAUUGUAUCGUUAAUGAGAUGUAGCCCUUAUCGCAACUUCCCUAUGUGACAACUUGCCCCGGUCUCCCCUAUUAAAAGCACAUACCUCUUUAAACUCUAUAACACAUAAUAAGGCCGAAUGAUUAAUCAAAAUAAAAUAGAAUUUGCAUUAUGACGUAGAGCGAUUAUCAAACCGUAAAGGCUGCGAUUGAAUUAAUUAAAUAAAUAGUGUGCACGCUCUGCUCUCUGCGCUUAUUUGUGCAGCACGGUUCUCUGUAAUGUUACACAUAAUCAAAGCAGUUAUUUACAGCGCUCUAGAUUAUUCCCAAAUAUGUUUGACUGCUAAAAGUUACUAUCCAGUUCUAAAGUAACCUCUAAACACCCGGUGUUUGUGGACAGAAGAGUGGAUGCAUUAAACGGUCAUUGUCAACUCAAACAAACAGAAAUGUCUUCCUUCAAUGUUCGCCAAAAUAAAAGCUUCUGCCAAAAUAAAGGCCCGCAUAGCUAUGCCGCAUGCAGGUUAAGAGAAUAUUACAUAAAUAUUGUACUGUUUGAUAACAACAAUAAUAAUAAUAAUAGUUGUUGUUGUUGUUAAUAUACAAAAAUAUAUUUUCAUAAGAAUUUCUGGGUAACGCUUUCUAUGAAGCCCAUAUUUAUAAUGCAUCAGUAAUGUCUCAUAAAACACCUUAUAAUAUGUUAUAACUUCCCAUGAAUAAUUGUAACCACAAUUAUAAGACAUUAUAAUAUUUACCUAUUCAUAGUUAUACUUAGAGUAUAAUGCGUUAUAACACAAGCAACAUUUAAUUUUAUCUGCAGAAGUUCUAAUGUAUUAUAUAUAUUUGUAAUAUAUAUAUAUAUAUAUAUAUAUAUAUAUAUAUAUAUAUAUAAUAUGUAUGCUUUAAGUAAAGUGACAAAAGCAAUGUCUUAUUAUAAACAUACAUAAGAUAUUUUUAAGAGGUUAUAAGACAUUAUAAGUCAUGCUAGAAGUUAUAAACAUUACACAUGCACAGAUACACUAUACAGCACUUAUAACAUUAACUUUAUUAACUUCUGCUGUGUUAUAACUGGAUGUUGCUUGUGUUAUAAUGCAUUAUACUCUAAAGUAUAACUAUGAAUAGGGGAUGUCUUAUAAUGUGUUAUAACUGUAGUUAUAAUUAUUAUGAUAAGUUAUAACUUAUUAUAAGGUGUUUUAUGAGACAUUGUAAAAUUGUAUUUAUAAUGCCUUUACAAUGCAUUAAAUAUAUGGGCUUCGUAGAAAGUGUUCCUGGAUUUCUUGGCUUAAUAAUAACUUUAUUGGGUAGAAACAGAGAAACAUUAAUGGGUUCCGAAAAAUAAUGAUGAAAAGUGGGCUGAGACCCUUUCACAAAGUCAACAAAAACAGGUACAGAGUGAAUAGAUAAAGGAGAUGUGAAUCUUUUAUUCUUUCUUCCCUUCUGUGUUUCAUUGUAUAUUUUUAUUUGAUUUUAUUUAGUCUGAUUCUUUUUAAGAGGAUGAAAGUGUGAACACCCUUUCUUGAACAGUAUUUCUAUUGGCAGUAGAGCAUGUUUGCCCAUGAUUUAAUUUUGGGAAACACUUACUAGUUUUUUGUUUGUUUGUUUGUUUUUAUGUAAUAAUCGCAUUGCAGUUCAAAUAACAAUUGUACUUUUUUUUUUUUUUUUAUUGUCACCAUUUUUUUGUCCAAAUUGUUUAGCCCUAAAAUAUAAUCUAAUACACAAGUUCGGAAAAAAAUGAUUUUAACCAAGAAUGAAAAUGCAUUCAUGUUGAAUGUAUGUAAAUAUUUACAUUAUUUGUACAUUAGAUUGUGCUUUAGCAUUAUUUACAUAGAAUGCUGUUUUGUUCUUUUGUUUGUUUGAGACUAUGAUUAUAGCCAAGCAUUCCAGUUCACUGAGUAAAGUACAUUAUUUUUUUAUGUUUGCAAUGUGUCAUACUGUAGGUAGUUUCUUUAUGGUAUAUGACAUUAUUUAAAAUGAAAAUGGUGUCAAAAUAAACUAUUUUUUAUUUCUACUUAACUGUGCGGUGAAGAGAUGUGCAACAGAUUAACUUGAUUAUUUUAGUAAACGUUGUUCUGUAGCUCAAAUUGAAGAAUUCAAUUGAAUCAAAAGCCCCGUUACCUGGUAUUAAGAUGCGUUUUGGGCGAUCGAUCACCUGUGAACAGGCAAGCCACAUCACUGUUUACACCUGGUCAUAAUAUGUGUCUCUUUUGACCACUUGUUUUCGGAUUUUGAGGGGAAGGUCUCUGAUGUAAGGACAACAUGCAUUAAUCAAAACAAACCACGUCCGAAGUGGACACAUUUACAUAUUUGUUAGUGUGGCUGAGUUUUGAACGGAUCAGUCAAAACGCGUCUUAAUACUAGGUGUAAACGAGGCCAAGCCCUUUUGAAAACAGUCUAACACAGACAAAAAAAAAAUAAAAAAUCUCAUAUGACACGGACAACAAGAUAUAUUAUCUUUUAUAUUAUUAGGGGUCCAAGCAAGGAAGGUCUGGAACUAGUUCG